AUCUACUACACGAGCAACGGACUUUACGUGGCCCAACUCCCCUAUUUCACGGCCCAAAGCUAAUUUCGCUCCCCGAGAAAAUUCACCUUCAAAAAGCUCUCCACUCUCUCUUCUUCUCUCAUUCUUCUUCUGCUUCGCCUGAGCCCAAAUGGAGCCAUGGCUCGAUGACUUAGCCGAUGACCUUCAAAGCAUCAGCUUCAACUCUACCACCACUUCCACCACCACUGACAUUAACCGCUCCACCAGUUCCGGUUCCGAAGCCACGUGGACUGCAACCACCGCCUCUUCCUCUUCCUCCUCCUUUAACCAACAUGUCAUUAAACCACGCGCCACCACUCCCUCCGGCGACCCUUACUGGGACGCCAUUACACGUGUCAUUUCCACUUCUCCUUCCUCGUUAAUUUCCCUCAACGACCUCCGCUUCCUCCAUCGCCUUGGCUCCGGCGACAUCGGUUCCGUAUAUCUAGCAGAAAUUAAAACUCCGGCGCCGGAAAGUUCGUCGAAGGCGUCGGCGGCAGCUUACUUCGCGGCGAAAGUUAUGGAUAAGAAGGAACUGGCGGGCCGUAAUAAGGAAGGAAGAGCGAGGACAGAACGGGAAAUACUCGAAAUGUUGGAUCAUCCUUUUCUACCGACGCUUUACGCCUCCAUUGAUUCGCCGAAAUGGUCGUGCUUGUUGACGGAGUUUUGCCCCGGCGGUGACCUUCACGUCCUCCGACAACGUCAGCCGGCCAAACGCUUCCCUGAAUCCGCCGUCAGGUUUUACGCGUCUGAGGUGGUGGUAGCAUUGGAGUACAUUCACAUGAUGGGAAUUGUUUACCGUGAUUUGAAACCUGAAAAUGUUUUGGUGCGAUCAGAUGGUCAUAUCAUGCUCACUGAUUUUGAUCUCUCCCUAAAAUGCGAUGACUCCACAUCAACACCAGCUCAAGUGAUUUCAAGCCAAAAUACGCCUAAUGGAACUCAACAAAAUGAGUACAAAAUUGAACCACCAAAAUUUACAUCUUCUUCAUGUAUCCUUCCUAACUGUAUAGUACCUGCUGUUUCAUGCUUCCACCCAAAAAGGAAGCGAAAGAAGAAGCCCGGCCAUCUCGGUGGGCCUGAAUUUGUUGCUGAACCAGUCGAUGUUCGAUCAAUGUCAUUCGUGGGAACUCACGAGUAUUUGGCACCAGAGAUCGUGUCAGGCGAAGGCCAUGGUAGUGCAGUUGAUUGGUGGACACUAGGGAUUUUCAUAUUUGAGUUGUUAUAUGGUGUAACACCCUUUAAGGGGAUAGACCAUGAACUAACACUAGCUAAUAUCGUGGCUCGAGCCCUUGAAUUCCCUAAAGAGCCAGCAAUCCCGACCCCAGCUAAAGACCUGAUAUCAUCACUACUUACAAAGGAUCCAGCUAGAAGGUUGGGGUCAACUAUGGGUGCCACAGCAAUCAAACACCAUCCAUUCUUCCAAGGAGUCAAUUGGGCACUUUUAAGAUGUACAUCACCACCAUUCACUCCUCCUCCCUUUAGUAAAGAAUUUCUGUCUGAUGGAAGUUGCCUUGAUACCCCAGUGGAAUACUACUAGUAGUGUGAAUAAAGAUUCAAAAGUCAAUUUUUGGACCAGAUAAGUUACAAACUUACAGCUUCAUUUCUUCUGGCUACAGAAAGGAAGAAAGAAAGCUAUUUGUGGUGGACUUUUCUUGGAGCUUAAUUACUUGGCUGGAGCCUGGAGAUAAUAGGCUAGCAAAUGAAUAUUUAUCAAUACAACAAUAUCUGGAAAUGACCCACCAAGGCGAAAUAUGAGGUUAUUGCAUUACAUCAAAAUCAUAGUUUUUGUUGUUGUUUGCUAGCCUAUGGCUCGCUUGCAAUAAUAGGUGGACAAAGGAAGGUUCAUUUUCCAUUCUUUUAUCUCAAAGUCAAUGGCUUUGUCGGAAACAUCGGAUCUUGACAAAAUACAUGUAGACAUGGAUACACAAUCAAAGGGCCGGUGGGCUGAGGGGUUUGGUUGGUUGGUGGGUGGUGGAGGUUGUAGAGUGGAUCAAGGAUGGCCCUGCCCCAUGUUUUUUGCUACUCUUGUUCUUUUCCUUAUGGAAAAGCAUGAUGUUUCCAUGUGAGUUGUUUAUUUAUUAGCAUUUGUAAGAUUGUAGGAUACUUAUGGGUGCCUUGUGAAUUUUUUUUAAUUAUAUAAAUGUCUUUAC